AUGGCUGACACCUUAGUUCCAAAUCCUGCCCUUUCGAGUCUCCUCGCCCACGUCAUUGACAACACCGACCUUCGAAAUAUCACGGCGCUGAUCCAGCAGGAUAUUGCUCAGGCCUCACUCAUUGGGGGUACAGAGCCCACGGUGCACACCAGCCCUUUCGUCGAUUUGGUAGACACGCGUGUCUCCAAACACGGCAUGGCGUUCCCGGGUCGAACUCGCAUACUGUACCGUACAUUCCGUGUUAGUAUACUUGAAGCUGUUUGCGAACUAGAUAUUGAAGACUUCCAACAGCUCAUCAACGAGGCUAGGAAGGGUUGGGAGUCCGCGGCUAUGAUCGAGCGGUGGUUUCUAGAGUGCGCAAUCGCUGCGAGCGAACUCAAGCCGGUACUCACAGCCCGAUUGACGCAGUAUCUGCAACAACCGCGUUACGAAGCGCAUGACCGAGCGUCCGAGUCUACACCCGCAGACCUCAAUCAGUCAUUGCAAUCUCCUCAUCUGGAGAUGACACUGCUCUUUCGAAAGCUGGCGGGCGGUGCGCUUGGCCGACGUCCGACCGAAGAUGAAAUCGUUUGUAUCCUCCAACAACUCGUUCUCAUUGGGACUGAUACCUGCUCAGCGAUCGAGAAGGUGCUAGGUGACUUCUUCCGCCUACGUUCCGCGAUGAAUCGGACCCAUGCCGAGAACCAUUCGCGCUUCCUCAUUGAUCGCAUCUGUUAUGCGAGCAUCAAGCCCUUCGACGCAAUGCUCAGCGAUCCGCAGUCCGCCAUUUCUUUGCCUGUGCGUGGGCUCCUGCAGACUAUGCGGCCUGAGCACUUCGUGCGGCAAGUGCUGAGGGCGACCUUUCCUUAUCCUCCAGGUGUGCAACGCCCAGGGGUCUUCUCCCACGCCGAGUACGUUAGGCACAUGCCUGAGACGUCCCUAUGUGUGUAUCGCUCCAUUAUGCAUGCCGCAGUGUCUCCUAGCGUCGACAUUGACGGAAGCAUCCGACAAGUCGUAGAAGCGCGUUUCGAUGACAACUGGAAGGCUAACAGCCGUGUAGCAUCCCCAGCACCGUUUUUUCCACCGGGUUGGCGUCUCCCCAAUGCCGUGUGGCGCACUCAUGUUCGAAACGACUUCCAGCACGCCCUCGAUGAGGCCCUCGCGAGCAACGAUCAUUUCGAGCAAGAGUUCGAUAUCACGGAAGACGUGCCACUCGUGGCUAUUGGUGAUAAGCUCGUCCCUUCUGACUACUCGUCUUCCACGCACGCGUACGCGGCCGACGACCUGUGCACAGUCUGCAUGGAGAAGUUCGCGGAGACGCUUGACAUCCGUUGCAUGAAGUUGCGCUUUUGCGGACACCUCUUCCACGAGGCCUGCCUCGACGAUUUGAUCAACGUGGCCACACAAAACGACUACAUCCAAUGCCCGUAUUGCCGCUGUAACAUCUGUGAACCGCGGCCUGUGCGCGGGGUGCCUGACGAGGCAGCAACUGACAAUGAGGCGGAGGACAGCUAA